AUGUCAACUGUGAUAUCAAUUCAGCUGGUGCUGCCCGAGGACAAGGUCUACCUGGCAGGCUCCAGCAUAGCUGGCCAACUGGUUCUGAAGCUUAGGAGCACCCUGGUGGACCCCGUGGUUAAGGUGGAGCUGGUGGGAAGAGGCUACCUGGAGUGGAAGGAAGAAGACAAUCCCCACCUGGACUACAGCAGGAGCACUGUGUGCAGGAACCAGGCUGUCUUCAUCUCCAAAGAGCAUUAUUUCCAUAUCAGUGAUGGCUGGCUCGAUUCUGGGGUCCACACCUUUGACUUCAACUUCAGCUUUCCUCCGGGUCUUCCCUCGACAUUCACCAGCAAAAUUGGCUUCAUCUCAUAUUUUAUUCAAGGGACAUGCAGUGGCCGUGAAAUUGUGUUAGCUAAAGAGAAGAAAUAUUUACUGCUGCAAGGAACCUCAAGAACUCACUGUGCUUUGCCUUUCUCUCCCACCUUUGUGCAGGAUCCAUUGGUGGUGGAAACUAGGAAAGAUGCAGUUUACCUCUGUUGCUUCGGUCAUGGCUCUGUGGUCCUUCGGAUGUACCUGGAGAAAAAUAUAUUUUCCCCUGGUGAUCACAUUGUCUUUGUGACAGAUAUUUCCAACAGGACAUGCAAGUACAUCAGAAAGGUAGUUUUUGCGGUGCACUGCAUUGUGCUGUACAAGGGUGUCAACAACCGAGGAGAGCAACGCUCCUUGGAAGACCGAAGUGAGGUGACAAGGCUGGAGUCCCGGACAAACACAGGCCCCUUCCAGAUCAUGCGAGUCAUUGGCACGCUGGUUCUGCCGAAGCCGCUGCCCAUCACCAGCACGCGCAUGGAAAAUGAAAUCAUGUCAUUCAGGUAUGAGCUGGUAGGAACUUCUAACCUUCCUUGUACCCCAUCCACCAUGGUGGGCAGGUUGCCCAUCAUCGUAGCACUGCCUGAGAUUGCCUAUGAGGAGCAAAGCAUGGGAAAUCCAUGUGAAAAUGAAGGAGAUAACUCGGAGGGGAAUGACCUUGACAGAGAUGUUCCUGAGAAGGACGUAGAACCAAGUGAUAGUGAAUCCAGUGAAUAA